AGUCUUUGCUGAUAUUACCAUGUAUGCGUUCCUCACGGGCCAUCUUCUCCUUCUAUAAAUACACUCCCAGUAAUCAAUCUCUUAUAUAUAGCAGAGCCCAAAAACCAACUCUCUUAUAGCAGAGCUCUCUCUUCUGUAGCUUUCCCCCAUUUCUUUGCUUUGUUAUAUAUUAUAUUGAUACACACACCUACACACAUCUGUAAAGACUCGACGGGACCGAGACAAGACUGCUAGCUCUAAAAUGGCCAGCGUUCCAGUGCCUGCCCACCAUGGUCAACCGACAAGUGAAGUUCGUUGGUCAACUGGUCUUUUUGACUGCUGCUCUGACAUGCAUAGCUGUUGCUUGACAUUUUGGUGUCCAUGCGUUGCUUUCGGGCGGAUCUCCGAAAUUGCAGACAAAGGAUCCUCCUCUUGCGGUGGAAAUGGCUUGCUAUAUUUCCUCCUCCAGAGUUUAACAGGUUUUGGUUGUUUGUACUCGUGCAUAUACCGUACUAAACUUCGAAAACUCUAUAUGUUGGAGAAGAGCCCUUGUGGGGAUUGUUGUGUUCAUUGUUGGUGCGAGCCUUGUGCCUUGUGUCAAGAGUAUCGUGAACUCCAAAACCAGGGCUUCGAUGUGUCUGCCGGAUGGGACGGGAACUCGCACAAGUACAAUCAAGGAGUGGCAAUGGCUCCAGUUGUGGAAGGAGGAAUGAAGCGCUAGUACUGCAGAAGACGUCCUUUAAAUGAAAAUAAAGUUUAAUUGGCAAGUGAUGGAGAACGCUCUAGCAUGAUAUGUUUAAUAAUAACUCUGAAGUCGUACGUACGUACGCUAUCUCGUACGCAGAAAAAUAAUCAUAUGUAUAUAUAUAUAUAUAUAUAUAUCCUACAAUAAUAACUAGCCAAUUAUUGGCACUUCUAAUAUAUGUAAUACUCCUCUUGUACGUUUCAUGUAGUAGUGCUGUAAUAUGAUAUCGUUCUGAAUGUAGUGUUGUAAUAUCAUAUCGUUCUGAAUACAAGUACUAUCUGUGUAUUGAAUUUCGCGAGUCAAUAAGAGAGAUCAUGCAUGCCUGCAAGCAUUCA